GCGUCUUGCAGCAUGCUCGGCAGCCAGCAGGGAAGCAUCAUGAGCUUUGCUGGAAGCAAGUGCUUAAACUGGAGUACAUCAGGGACGCGCCGUCCGGGAACUGCAAACACAAUGUCAAGCACAUUACAGUGGCACAGCCCGCGCAUUGUCGCCUCAAGAAGCAGGCCGACACCUGGAGCAGACGGGUUGGCGUUGUCAUUUGAGCAACUUUUUGCCAAAUCUUAUAGCAGAGCGACAAAGCGAAUCGCCCAUGAAAGGCGAGAAGGCUCCAGACCGGGCACUGCGCAGCGCUCGAGGAAGCAAUACAGGAGCCUGAGCUGCUGGUGGACGCUGGCAGAUCUUAAAGUUGCCGAAGAGGCAGAUGACAUCGAAUCGGAUGGAUCUUCAAGUUUUGGUGCUGAGCCGCCCGAGAGUGCACCCGUUGUGCACGCUCCAUCCUUGCAGUCUAUUCAAAUGCGAAGAAAAAGCAUCGAAGCCAUGUUGGCACGACGAAGAAAUUCGAAUCGCAAGACGAGCCUGCCCAAUGUGGAGGAGGACACUGGACGUGCCAAAGAAGCAGGGCCAGCACCAGCGAAAAUCACGCUCAAGCAUGUUAGGGUACGAGGUGAAGCCUUCGCCGGAGGCGAGGCUGACCUACAAGAUCCCGACUUGAUUGAGAUUCUUACUCCUCCUAACGAGCAAGAAGUGCUCAUGCGCAUGGGCGAUUCGUCUGAAGGCUUCACAGACAAGGAGUCCGAGCGUUUGCGCAAAGCCUUCCUGCUGCACCGGCAAGCUUUCAGCCCCGAGAUACACACGGACGAUUUGGAACAGAUUCUCGAUUACCUCGGAUACCUCAAGAUACCAGAGGCUGACAUACAUGCAAUGGUAUCUGAAAUUACGAGGUAUUCUACCAUGGAGUUCGAAGAGUUCGUAAGUUUCAUGACGCGGGCAAGGGCAUACGACCAGAAUCAGGUGCGGGAGAAGUUCAUGCUUUUUGAUGCGGAUCAGUCUGGUGAGCUCAGCGCCGAUGAGUUGGAAGACGUUUUGAAGUCUUUGGGCAUUACUCCAUCUCGAACGACCAUUGCUGGAGCUCUGUCUGUUGUGGACGAAGAUGGCUCGGGUAGUCUAGACUUCGAGGAGUUUGUCCAGCUUUUGCUGAUCUAUAGAAAAACGGAGGGCUUCUCUGAGGCGGAGGUACUGAAGCUUCAUCGCAUAUUCCGUCGAUUUGCGGAAGCAACGCCAAGCACAUCCGGUAGACAAAUGCUGCCUUUUGACCGCUCCAAUAAGGCCCUGAUCGAGAUGUUUGGCAGCCAGGCCGCGCAGUUGGCCUCGCGGCUCGGGAGCGCCAUGCCCAGGCCGCCUUCCGAAGGUGAAGAGGGUAAGAAGCCGACCAAGAAAGUCGAAGGAAUGACGUUCCGUGAAUUCCUGAUCUGGGCCAGGCGCCUUCGUGAGAUUGAAGUGCAAUGGUACAAGCAGGAGUUCGCACGCGCAGAUGUUGACCAAGGGGGCUUCCUGGACGAGGAGGAGAUUCGGCUGGUCUUGCAACGUCUUGGCUACACGCCUCUCCGUGCAGUGAUCAUGGACAUGAUAGAGGCAAUUGAGCCGCAAAAACGUGGGACUCUGGAUUUCGAUGAGUUCGUCCAGAUGAUGGAGCUCUUUCGCAAUUCCAAUGGCUUCAUGCGGCAUGAAAUCAGGGAGUUCAAGCAGAGCUUUGACAUGUUCGACACAGACCGAACUGGUGAGGUGGACGUGAUUCAAGUGGGCGGCAUAUUGCGCUCUCUGGGAUUUGCUACAGAACUGGCAGAAGUGCAGGUGCUCCUGAAGACGGUGGACUGGAAUGGCAGCAACUCACUUGAUUUCUCAGAGUUUCUUCGCCUGAUGCGCAUGCAUCGCGAGCAGGAGCUCCUACGAAUCAAGGAUACCUUCGACAAGUAUGCCGACACAUACGUUGCAGAGGAUGGAGCUGUGAAGGUCACUGUGGAGCCUGGAGAUGUCAAAACAAUGCUCAGUCUGCUUGGCUUCUCUGAAAAGUUUGUGAACUCAACCACAGGUGUUUUCCGCGCCUUGCUUCGAGACGCAUUGGACUACGAUGCUAUGGUGCUUCUUUGCGAUUCUUGUCGUCGCAUGAACAUGGAGAAGAUGCGCAAGCAGGCAGGCUUCUCUGACGAAGCCGUGCAGAAGUUCCAGAAGCUUUUCAGCUCGCUGGACAGUGACGACAGCGGUGAGAUCGCGCAGAAUGAGUUGGUGGCUUUCUGCCAGGAUCGAGGUCUCUCACUGCAGACGAAAAAGGAUCAGAUGCAGCUGCUGAGCUUCAUCAAAGAGGCUCGCACGACUGCCCUGCAAGCCGGCGUUCCGCCACACCUUUGUGGCACAGAGGGCUCCCCCGCGGUGACGCAGUGGGUGUUCAUUCAUCUCCAGCGCAUUCUGCAGACUCAUCAGGACAAAGAGAGGGCUUCGCAGCUUCGAGGCAGUGGUCCGUCCAGCUUCUCGCAGGCAGAAGUGGAUGAGCUGUCUGCAGUGUUCUCCAGAGGCUUGACUGCCGAGCGAGGGUCGCCAACCACGGAUCCCAAGGCAACGCUGAGUAUCAAUGGGCUUUGGGGUGUGCUCUCGCAGCUUGGGGUCAAGCUGACACCCAUCGAGAGGGAGGAGGUCAAGGUGAAGCUGUUCAUGGAUUGCGGCAAUCAGCUCGAUCUAACUGCCUUCAUCAAAGUAGUGUCCUGGCUGGCAGCUGCAAAGCAGAGCAGCGCGGAUUUGUCCAAAGCGUGA